GUUAUUUAAGAGCCCGUGCACACAGAGAGCGGUCAGAGUUCUGAGUUCUGGUGACCGUUGACCGCCCAAGAGUUCCAACGCAUACAAGCUGCAUACAAAUUGUCGCGUUCUAGUUUUGUUUGAGUCUUUGCACAUGCAACAUGUUACUAGAAAGUUCGUCAUCCGAUGAAGAAUUAUUGUUUUUGUGGAGUUCAGCAGCUUCUAAAAAGAAAAGGAAGUAUUGGGUGCACCCAAUUAACACAACGCGAGAAGAACAAGGCGAAUUCAGUAAUAUUUUUCUGGAUUUACUUAAAGAUGAACAACGAUUCUAUAAUUAUUUUCGAAUGUCGAUUAAUAGUUUUAAUGAAUUGUAUAAUAUCAUAAAAUCUGAUAUCGAAAAACAAAAUACUAACUGGAGGAAGUGUGUUUCAUCAAAAGAAAGGCUGGUUAUAUUUUUAAGGUUCCUUGCUACCGGAGAUACUUUUAAAUCAAUCGGCUAUUCAUACCGUAUGGGAUCUACAACUGUUGGUAAAAUAGUGAGGGAAGUGAGUAAAGUAAUGUGGAAAACACUACAACCACUAUAUAUGGCAGAGCCGACUGAAAAAGCAUGGCAGGAGGUAGAAGCUGGUUUCAAUGAGAAGUGGAGAUUUCCAAAUUGUAUUGGUAGUAUCGAUGGAAAACAUGUUUAUAUAAAAUGCCCACCUAAUACGAGAACAUUACAUUUUGGCUAUAGACAAAGAUUCUCUAUUAUGUUGCUUGCUGUGGUGGAUCCAGAUUACAAAUUUAUUUUGAUUGAUGUUGGUACCUAUGGAAAAGAUAGUGACAGUACGGUUUUUCAAAGCACGUCAUUCUAUCAAAAAAUAGUUAACAAUCAGCUGAACAUUCCCGGGCCAAAGCCGUUACCAGGUCGCGAAAAGCCAGUGCCUCACGUUUUAAUUGGAGAUGGUGGUUUCAAAUUAGAAACAUUUUUGUUGAGACCUUUCCCAACUAGUGUAACUAUACAGGAUGAAAGAAAAAGGACAUAUAAUAAGAGACUGGGUAGUGCAAGACGCGUAGUAGAGAGCACAUUUGGCAUUUAGCCUCAAAAAAUGGCUGGUAUUUUUAAAGCCAUUGGAACUCAAUGCAGACACUGUCGUUGAUGUUGUACAAGCAGCGUGUUGUUUACACAAUUACCUUAGAGUAAAAGGAGAUUGUCACGUCUAUGAUGAUGAGCCAGACAUAAACAAUGAUCAACGUAGUACCGCCUUUCAACCUUUUCAGCAAACAAAUAAGAACAGAACCAACUGUACAGCGUAUGCAAUUCAGGACGAAUAUGUCACUUAUUUUAAUCAAUAGGUGUAUAUAUACCCUGGUUAAAAAUAAUCAUUGAAAAAAAAUUGGAAAAAUUCGCAACAUGUAAAUUGUAUAUCUAUAUGUUUAAGCAAAUCUUGAGCAAGCGUGGUGAUUAAUGCUCUAACCUUCUCCUUGUGAGAAAGGCCUUUGCUUAGCAGUGGGCUCCUAAAGCAAUUUAAAUCAAUUAAAAUUUCAAAUUUGAAAUUUCAAAUUUCAUAAUAGAUAUUUUUUUCAAUGAGUAUUUUUAAACAGGGUCCCAGUUUAAAUGAAACUAAUAUUUUAGAUAUACUACCAUGAUCACGGUUGCUGAAGAGUAACCGAAACGUCGAAUACGUAAUUGGUUAAAUUAUUAUUGUUGUAAACCUUAAAGUAUAUCAUUAAUUAAAAUAUAAUUAGAGGAAGCAAUAUAAGAAAACAAAUGUUUACUUAAAUGAAACGAAUACUUUUGGGAUUAUACUACGCGUAUUUUAUUAUUUUAAAUAACUACGUAUUCCCAUUAUGUGAAUCACGAUUCGCGUCUCGUCUGCCCGUGAUCACGGUUGAUGCAAAGUAACCGAAACGUCGGGAGUAUGUAGUUUUAACAAAAAAUAAAUCACGCGUAGUAAAUACGAAAAAUAUUAGUUUCAUUGAAAUGAAUAAAACUCGCGAAAGUCUUAGAUCUCAUUAGGGUCCCAGUUAUCAAUAUUAGACUGACAUCGAUGAUUGACAUAUAAUAAUAACAAUAAUAAUAAUUAUUAUUAUUAUAUUGAAAUAUAAUUAUUAUUAACAAGUGAUGUUUUACUUACUCUCUCCAAAUACCAUUUCUGUGGCAAUUUCAAGCCAAGCUUCAGUUUUUUUGUCGCGUUUUUUAUAGUAUAUAUUACUUAAAUCGUAUAACAAACUCCUUUCCCUAAGUAAUUCAAUCAACUUUUCCGUGUUUGGAAACUGGGACAACGCCGCGUUUCCAGCGUUCCCGGUCUUGACGGGAAAAGAACUCUUGGAACGCGACGUUCCGUUUUGACCGCUGCGAUCAGACUGCCCUAUGUGUGCGUUUCUGUUAUAGACUCGGUAUAUUCUAAUGAAUGCUGAACGCGGAACUCGGAACUCCUGACCGCUCUCUGUGUGUGCGGGCUUAAAAUGUUGACAUUAGCAAAAUAUUGCACAAUUCCAGUAUGAGCGAAGUAGUGCAAAGAAAAAGAAAUUGUUAUUUAUGCAAGGAACUAUUAAAAUUUUUGCUUUUUC